CGGAGCGUGUGUGAGAGAGAGAUUUCUUAAUCGACUCCCGCUUUUGUUGGAACGAAGCCACGGAGAAGACCCGCGCUAAAAGCCGGAAACGACCCCGCGUGGUUUCUCCUCUCGACUAUGGGCGCGUCGCUGGGUCGGUAAUUUACUUCAACCAAAUCGUGUGCAUCAUCUGCUCGGCGAAGUGCCUCAGUGACAUCUCCAUGAUGGAACGUUUCCUCGCCACUUCCUCCGGCAUUCGCCCUGUAUUGCUCAAGAACCAAACUCGGCACAUAAGACUGACUCCAGGAAUUAGAUUCAGCUCGAACAGGAUGCGCGCCCCAUCGGGAAUCACCGCUCGGUCUCGUUCGGACAAAUCCCCCUCCCGCCCAAAGCUACCGAAGAACCUCCGCAACCCGCGCCGUGCCAAAUUGCCACCCGACCCCGGAAUCUACCGAGUGCCGGUGAAGAACGAAGAAGGUAUCGCUCAACUGUUCGAUGAUAUUCCGAAAGAAGAAGAAGAGGAGGGGAAGAAGGACAGAGCAGAAUUAUCCAAGAACCUGGAUCAUGUAGCUGAUAAUGAUGAUACUGUUUGGAGCAAAGACGAGCUGGAAGCUAUCUCAUCACUCUUCGAAAGGCGAAUGCCUCAGAAGCCCGUGAAGCCGGCGAAGGACCGACCGCUCCCUCUCCCAUUGCCUUACAAAGUCCGUCCUUUGGAAAUUCCAACCCCGAAACGCCAUGCUCGUUUGGCGAUUUCGUCGCGGUCAUCGUUCAGCAAUCAGGUGCGCAAGAACCCGGAAGCACUUGUCGGCAUAGCUAGAGAGAUUGGAGCUCUUCCUCCGGAUGCCGAUGUAUCUGAGGUUCUUGAUAGGUGGUGUAGAUUCCUCAGGAAGGGGUCUUUGUCGAUUACAAUUCGAGAAUUGGGUCACAUGGGUCUGCCGGAUAGGGCACUCCAGACCUUGUGCUGGGCUCAGAAGCAGCAGGGUUCGGGGUUGUUCCCCGAUGAUCGGAUCCUUGCUUCGACCGUCGAGGUCCUGGCACGGUUCGGCCAACUCAAAAUUGAAGCCGAAAUGGAGAAGUAUCUGAACUCCGCCAACCGGGUCGUCAUUGAAGCUACGGUGAGGGGCUUCAUAAGGGCGGGAAAUUUGAACGGAGCCCAGAAAAUUCUAUUACUUGCCAAGGAUGGUAGGAGGACCUUGGAUGCAAGCAUUCAUGCGAAGCUGAUACUGGAGGCAGGAAAGACCCCGGAUGGUUACAUGCUUGCCUCAGCAUUGCUUGAUGAACUUGGAGAAAGAGAGGAUUUUGAUCUAAAACCGCAGGACUGUACAGCUGUAAUGAAGGUCUGCAUUAGGCUCGGAAAAUUUGAAGCAGUGGAGAGUCUCUUCGACUGGUUUAAGCAAUCUGGAAGGAGUCCCACUGUGGUAAUGUACACGACGGUGAUCUAUAGCCGGUAUUGCAGUAAGAAGUACAGGGAAGCAUUGGCUUUGGUUUGGGAAGUGGAGGAAUUGGACUGCCUUUUGGAUCUUCCAGCUUACCGGGUUGUGAUUAGGCUAUGUGUUGCUUUAAAUGAUCUUGCAAGGGCUGUACGAUACUUUUCGAGAUUAAAGGAGGCCGGGUUUGCCCCCACAUAUGAAAUAUAUCGUGAUAUGAUCAAGGCUUAUGCGGCUUCAGGGAGGUUGGCCAAGUGCAGGCAGGUGUGCAGAGAAGUAGAGAUGGCAGGACUGAAGUUGGAUAAAGAGACUGUCUCGCUCCUCUUGGAGAUGGAAGGACAAGUUAGAUCAGUAUGUUGAAGUGAUCUUGCUGUAUGUUUGACUCAACUGCCAUUAUAAAUUUUCAGGUAAAAUUUCCUCUCAACAUUCUGUCACUAUAAUCUGUAAAUGAAGCUUAGUGGGAAAUGGAUUAGUGUUGGCUCCCACCUUCAAACUAAACUCAUGGUAAAGGAAAAAGUUCUUCAUGUCAGGAACCCAGGCUGCUGUCCAUAUAACGCUUUGAUUUUCUGAUAUAUGUUAAACAGAAGCAAAGCAGCUCAUGUUCUUUGUAGGUUUGGUUUAUGUCCACUUCAUUUUACUCGUUAUGAAACUUGGAAACUAAUGCAUACUUUCCUUUCGAGGAAUGAGAAUAAAGGAAGAGGACCUUUCACUAUUCCACCAAAUAGUAGAAAAAAUUCCAACAUCUCAAGAAGUUGGCUGAUGAAUAAUUUGAUAGUCAUAUGCUCUAACUUAUAAACCUGCUUCUAUAGAAGCUUUCAGAUCUGCAAACACUGCAAAUAACUUUAUGAUUAUAAGAGCAUCGACAUAAGUCAUCAGCCUGACUAGAUCAUUAUCAGAAGAAAGAAUCAUCAGAUCACAAAUCCUGUUCCAAAGCUUUAUCAUGGCCGACUGUUAGAUUCUGCAGUGAUAAAUUCAGGUAUUCGGUUCCUUCCA